AUGUCCUUUGGCAUGUGUAAUGCCAUUAGUUGUUAUGAGAGGUUAAUUGAGUUAGUUCUUAGAGGUCUCAGAUGGGAGAAAUGUUUAUUAGAUGACAUUAUUGUGUUUGGAAGUAGUUUUGACCAAGCUUUGAAAAAUCUUAAGCUAGUGUUUGAUAGACUUGUGUCAGCAAAUUUGACCUUGAAACCUUCAAAAUAUGUACUAUUUCAGAGAGAAGUGUCAUUUUUAGGCCAUGUGGUGUCUGAUAAAGGAAUUCAGUGUGAUCCUAGUAAAAUUGACAAAGUUAAGAAAUGGCCUGUUCCUAGUAAUGUCACUGAGGUUAGAAGUUUCCUAGGUCUAGCUGGAUAUUAUAGGAGGCCAGGGAAAUUCCAUUGUAAUGCUGAUAGUUUGUCAAGAAGGCCUUCCAAUUAUUGUAAGCGUGAGGAUUGUCCUGAUUGUCAUUUGAGGAAUUGUGUGGAUUCUGGUGGUCGAACAGGUGCACCGCAGCAAACGGACAUCAUAUUACUGUCCUGGGCCUCUAAGAUUGCUCCUGUGGGAACCGACCAAUGGUUCAACUCGGCGGAGUCAGGGUCCCACAAUUCUGUUGAUGACAAUGGUGAUGAUAGUUGUGAUGUUGUAUCUAAUUGGUUGGAUACUUGGCAUGUUGUUUUGGAUGCUUCUACUGACUUGAAAACAUUUUGGGGAUUAUGGGAAUCUCUAGAAGUCAAAGAAAGCAUGUUGUAUUACAAGUGGAAGUCAUUAGUUGAUAAGGAGACUUUGUUGUUGAUUGCUCCUAGACACAUUAGAUCUCAGAUAUUUCAUGAACUUCAUGAGAAUAAAACUGCUGGUCACUUCGGUAGAGAACGUACCAUUAAAUCCUUUAAGCGUAGGGUAUAUUGGCCUGGUAUGUCUUCAGACAUUAAACGUUGGUGUAAAGAGUGUGAUGUUUGUGCCAGAGCAAAAGUGGAAGUUCUUGAUUUAACUGUUCUUGAGGAGGAGAUGGAGGAACUUGUUGGGCAGGAGUGGCCAAAUGAGGGCCAGCAAUGUCCAGUGGAGAAUUGCAAAUCUAGACCGCAUAGAUUUCAGAGAAUUGGAUCCUUCCGGACCCAUAACUUCCAUACACCCAAGAUUCUGGUAUACUAUUGUAUUGUUCGGUCACCUCAUUUAAAAUGA